AAUAUAUAUAUAUAUAAAUAUAUAUAUUCGUUUAUAUAUUUCUAAACACGCAUAUUUACAUAUUUAUAUAUGUAUAUAUACACAUAAUAUAAAUACACACUCCUUUAGGAUAUCUACCUGCCUCUAAUCAUAUAUUUUAAAGGAUGGCACCUACAGCAACAAUUGAAACGGUUACCAUAGUGCGACCAUUAAAGGUCAUUUCUGUACUAUGUGGAAUAAUUGCAGCCUUACUUCUCCUGUUUUCCAUUUCUACCACAACAUGGCUCGUGAACACUACAGAACGAAGAGGAUUAUGGGAGAAAUGUAUAGUUUACUCUAUGGAGUCUGUAGAGUGUGCAAAAAAUGAAGCAGCACCCUGGAGGUCGGCUUGUGCUGCUAUGUGCAUCAUGUCAUUACUGAUAUGUCUUCUUGCAACAUUUGCUGCUGUUAUUGGUCUGAAUACGAAAAAUUGCAAGUUGAAAUAUCGCAUGUACAGUGUUGCAAGGGGCGUCAUGCUUCUAGCAAUUAUCUGUGGAUGUAUCGGGCUCAUUACUUUUCCUAUAAAAUUCCGUAGUGAGCUUCCCGAAGAUGACGAUGUCCCAUGGGAAUUUGGUUGGGCUUAUGGUGUUGGCUGGGGCGCUGUUAUAUUCAUGACUGGUGCCUGCAUUCUGCUGCUUCUGGACAAAGAAAGUGAAGAGAUAACUUACCACGAAAAGACAGUGUAUAAUGAAGACGACUACGAAACGGAAGCAACCACUUGAACAUGAAAUAACAAAAACCAAAAAUAAAGAAUAAACGUCAAUGCUGUUCUCCUAUUUCUACCCUAAACCCUAACCACAAGCCCUGAAAGAUGCUGAGGCCUCAAAUUAUUCUGAAGAGUUCCAAAAUCAAGGGGGCGUAAUAUAAACAAAUAUUUUGGUUGCUGUCUUUUUUUUUUUUUCUCUAUUUAAAAGCAAAAAAUUCAUCUAUUUUUUUCCUCUCUAUUUUAUUUAUAAUUUAUUUUAAAAUUAUUGAGAAAAUA